UUAGGUAUGGCACUUGAGUAAGCGAGCUUUAUCGUAAUCGCGGGCUAUUGACAUUCGCACCUAGAACGACUUUUAGCUGAUAAACGUUUCCGGUUUGAAUGGCAACGCUGAAUUCACACCAGUUCGAACCAGUUUCAGCGUCUGCGUACGCAGCUUGAACUAUCUCAAUUGUGUUAGCACAGCGUAAUUAAUUGUUUUAUUGCCGAAUCUUUGAUAAGCAUACGAUGAGCUCCAAAACCAAGUGUCAAACGUCUGCCUCUCUCCUGGUUGGCUCCCGCCUGAAGGCGCGCAUGCGAACUACGGGCAAAUGGCACAUGGCCGAGAUCGUUGGCAUCAAGGAGCUGGACGAAGGCCGGCGUCAGUUCUACGUGCACUACGACAAUUGCAAUAGGCGCCUUGACGACUGGCUUAAUCCGGAUGAUCUGGAUCUGAGCUGCGUGCGAAACGCUGCCCGUGCGAGCCAGCAGAACACCGCCCUUGCUAGCGCCGUACUCUCCCAGCGUCCCUCUUCGGUGAUUGGUAAAAAGGCGGAGAUCAAGCAAAAAGAUCAGCCAGAGACUGGAGCAUCUACAUCGAAAGGAUGGGCCAGGGGUCGUAAGCAAUUAAAAUUGGUGGAUAGAAUUGAGAGCGCCGCAGUUGCUGACCAGGGGAAGAGUAAGCUGCUAGAGUUACGUGAAUUGAAGCGUACGAAUGACAUUGUGGCAUGCAUCAAGAAUGUGCAGAUGAUUGAGCUGGGCCGUUAUCGUAUUACCCCCUGGUACUUUUCGCCCUAUCCCGAGCAGCUGUGCCAUGAGGACUGCAUCUACCUGUGCGAAUUUUGCCUGAAGUAUUGCAAAAGUCGCCAGUGCCUGGGACGCCACUUGACCAAGUGCACUCUGAAGCAUCCACCUGGCAACGAGAUCUAUCGGAAGGACUCGAUAUCGUUCUUCGAGAUCGACGGGCGCCAGAACAAGCUGUACGCCCAGAACUUGUGCUUGUUGGCCAAGUUGUUUUUGGACCACAAGACGGUCGACUUUGACACUGAUCCGUUCCUCUUCUACGUGUUGACGGAGUUCGACUCUCGUGGCUUCCACAUUGUCGGCUACUUCUCCAAGGAGAAGAUCAGCGCCGAGGAGUACAACCUGGCCUGUGUCCUGACGCUGCCGCCGUACCAGCGCAAGGGCUACGGCAAGCUGCUCAUCGAGUUCAGCUAUGAGCUGUCCAAGCACGAGGGCAAAACGGGAUCGCCAGAGAAGCCGCUCUCCGACCUGGGCCUGCUCUCCUAUCGCUCCUUCUGGGCACGGGCCAUUCUCGAGCUGCUCAUCAAGCAGAACCAAUCAGCUGCUGAGGGCGUGCGACCCUCGACAGCCAUCAAUGAUAUUUCCGAGCAGACGGCUAUAAAAAGAGAUGACGUAAUCUACACGCUGAAGCAACUUAAUCUCCUGACCUACUGCAGGGGUCAGUACAUAAUCUGCAUCAGUCAGGAUGCCAUCGACCAGCAUCGGACUGCCAUGGAGAAGAGCCAAAUACGCAUUGAUCCCACCCGCUUGCAGUGGAGCCCCAAAGACUGGAGCAUGCAAAUGAAUCGCGUGCUCGGACGUUAGCCAAUAAUGAUUUUCUAAACCAAAGUUCAUUGAACGCACAGAACAACAUCAAAGACGACGCUGAUAAGAGA